CCAUUCAGUACGUUGAGUUACUCUGCCGGUGUGUGUAUUGCUGCUCACACAGAUACGAAGAGGCGACAGACGGGGACACACACACACACACACACACACACACACACACAGAGGACGGAGUAACUGAAAUUAUGAAACGGGACUUAUUUUGGCUAACGUUACACCGAAGCCACUGACACCGUCUGUACUCACCCAGCUCUUUUCUCCUUUGUUUUCGGUGUAAAACUUCGGCUCUGUCAGCAUUUAACGCUACCGACCACCCACCUCUCACACGGUACCUUUGGCACGACUUGUCCCCGUUUGACUUUCGGGUGUGGUGGCAUUGUACCGGGGGAGAAAGAACCGGGAAAACCUCAACUUUACCGUGGUCCGCAAAGCUAACUCUGAAAUCAAAGGAAAGUGGUAGCAGCCCUCAGACAGGACACUUAGUAGUCAGUGGGAUGUUAGAGCUCUGGAUGCAGGACUGACUGAAGGAGCAUGGUGAAACACCAACCCCUCCAGGUCUAUGAGCGCCAGCUGUGUUUGUCAUGUAUCACUGGGAUCUACGGUUGCCGCUGGAAACGCUAUCAACGUUCCCAUGAUGACACCACCAAGUGGGAGCUGCUGUGGUCCCUCAUCCUCCUCUUUACCUUCUGUCUACUGCUGGUCUGGUUCUACUUCUGGUGGGAGGCACAUAACGACUACAAUGAAUUCAACUGGUUCCUCUACAACCGCUCUGGGGAGUGGAGUGAUGGCACUGUUCCCAUCCUGGCCACCACCGCGGCUGGCUUCACCUACAUUGCAUUUUUAAUGGUUUUAGCACUUUGCCACAUUGCACUUGGUCAACAAUUGAAUUUGCACUGGCUACAUAAGAUAGGAGUGAGUGCUGCCCUGCUCACCACAAUUGUUGGGGUGAUAUCUGUCAAUCAAGCAUGGGGACAAGAGUGGGAUGUCAUCCCCAUCUCCCUGCAGGCCACAGGUCCGUUCCUGCACAUAGGGGCUCUUGCUGCGGUCACAUCGCUGUCUUGGAUUGUGGCUGGACAGGUCGCCCGCUCGGAAAAAACAAUGUUCCAGGUGGUGGUUGUGCUGCUGUAUCUUAGCGUGUUACUGGGACUCUACGUGGUGCCGCUGUACAUCACCUCCCCAUGCAUCAUGGACCCCACCACCCUCAAACAACGGCCUGAAGUCAUUGGCCACCAGGGAGCCCCCAUGCUUGCUCCAGAGAACACACUGUGGUCUUUCCAGCGUGCUCUGCAGAUGAACGCCACUGGGUUGGAAGCUGAUGUCGCUAUCAGUGUGGAUGGAGUACCUUUCCUGAUGCAUGACCGCACCCUGCGCAGGACCACGGACAUAGAGAAGGUUUUCCCGGACAGACAAAUGGAAGACGCCUCGUACUUCAACUGGACAGAUCUGCAGCAACUCAACGCAGGACAGUGGUUCCUGAAGGAUGACCCUUUCUGGACAGUGCGCAACCUGUCCCCACAUGAAGUGCAUCUGAUUGCCAACCAGAGUGUGUGCAGCCUUGAGCAACUUCUAAAGCUGGCUUCCUAUCAUAACAGCACAGUGGUCUUCCGGCUGAGGAGACCUCCUCCGGAGCACCCCUGCUACGACAGCUGGAUCAAUGAUACACUGCAUGCUGUGCAGGAAUCUGGGAUUCCUCAGAGCCUGGUGAUGUGGACUCCAGAUGAACACAGAGCUCAGGUGAGACAGCUGGCACCAGGUCUGAUACAAACUUCAGUGGAGAAACGGAGUCUUCAAAAUCUCCAUCAGUACGGCAUCAGCAGGCUGCUGCUCAGAUACAACCAGGCCAGCACACGGGAAAUCGGAAACUUCUCCCAGAGCAACAUCAAAAUCACCCUUUACACCAUCAACGAGCCCUGGCUGUACUCUGUGCUCUGGUGCAGCGGGGUGUCUUCAGUUUCCUCAGAGGCCUCACAUAUCCUUAAAAAGGUGCCUUACCCCAUCUGGCUCAUGAGACCAGAUGAGUACUGCCUGAUGUGGGUGUCUGUGGACCUCAUCUCCUUUGCUGUAGUCAUAGGAAUAUUCAUUUUCCAGAAGUAUCGGAUGAGCGGUAUGCGCAGCUACAACCCUGAACAGAUCAUGCUGAGCGCUGCGGUCAGGAGGUCCAGCAGAGACCUCAGCGUCAUGAAGGAGAAACUGAUCUUCUCUGAGGUGGGGAAUGGAGUCGGCAGUGCUGAGGAGCUGUACGAAGACAAUGGCUACGACUACUACACCAAUCAGGGCAUUAGUCAGUGAUCGGGACUCGGCCCGUGUGAAUCUGCUGCAGCGUGACGGAGACGACA